AACUAUCAAAGCCGCCAAUUUCACACCAAUUACACAGGCAGAUCUAGUUAAUUAUUUACUCGAGUGCCAUCGCUUUACAAAGAUUUAAUACAGUGAAAAUAUCUGUCUUGUAUAUUACAGUACUUACUUAAUAAUUUCAAAAGAUUAUCGCGUAUAUUCGGUUACGCAGCAGAUAUUAGUUAUUGAGACGCCGAGCCCACGUUUUAUUUCAGUUUGGUUGUAUAGGCGUAGGGUUUGGUCGUGUAAAUGAAAUGACAGCCGUCAACUGCAUACCGGCACCGCUACAUGGUCAGGAGUUUCUAGCGUCUUCCCAUUACAAGAUUUCACACGACGAACGCUUCAUACCAGCUUCUUUGAAAAGCACUUUUCAUAAGGACUAUGUACCUCCCAUUUCGAACCUCAAACCAGGGGCUGCACUGCCGCCAAGACCGUCGGAAUUUAUGCACAGAGACGUUGCGAAAAUAAACACCAAAAUUUCGGAAACAUGCCAGGCAUUUCCUGCUAAAACGUCAACCCACGACGAUCCAAGAGACAAGUAUUCGUCUCUCUACAAAACAAACUUCAAGCUUGACUCCGAUAAACGAAUCGAUACGUUCAGUACAACGCACGAGAGAUAUUAUAAACCAAAUCCGAUCGGAAGCCAGUCGACUCUACCUAACUUAGGCAGUCGAUGGAUGAAAAGCACAUUUCCGCAGGGAGACAAAGAAAAGGCUGAUGAACCGAUAUCAAACUACAGAGGAAGUUUUUUGAGUCACGACAUCAGCAAACAUCAACCGAGGCGAGCACCGUCACAGCAUUGGGGUUGUAAAACAAUCACAGGUGAUGCACAGAGCAGGUUCAGUACAACUCACGACUCUACUUUCCAGGGAUUAUGGGUUAACACUGCAAAAUCUGUACCCAAGCACACAUCUUCUUCAAUCCCUGAGGGAGAUAAAGAAAAAGUUACUGAAAGUACGACCACCAUGCGCCAAUCCUACCAACCGAGUUUCCAAGGUUAUUCUCCACAAGAUCGCAUGGAGUCUUAUUCCAAGUUGCAUGCCACAAACUACAAGAUGACGGAUGGACACGGUCGGUUCGACAAGUACCUAAGCACACAAGCAGAAUGCUACCAACCGAUAAACAACGUGUUCAGCGCAGUCGUAAAACGAGAUCGUGAUCGAAAUGCGAGUGACAUUCCAGAGGGAGACAUGGAUCCAUUUAGAUCCCACAAGAGAGUUAACUCAACGGUUGCAAGAUCGCAUCAUAAACCGUUGGAUUUAAAGAAAGCGUCAGUUCACCGGGUGAACGGUUCUCAGUUACGUACAGUAAGCAAAGUACAACUCGGUGAAAAAGAGCUGGAAUCGAGCUUCUACGAAACAACUUGUGACUCGACAUUUCAUCCAGUGAGCGUUGAAUAUAAUAGAGUGGACUCGCACCCCAAAAGCAAUGUCCCACUAAAAUAUUACGGAGACGAGAAGGUCGCACCAACUACCUGGAGCGAUUUUCCGUCACAUGACAUGGCUCGACAACACCCUCACAGGGUAGCGCUAGAGAAUCUACGCGAGACCCAUUUCAUGCCACCACAUGGGGACCAACGCUUCUUCUCCACAACUCACGACUCACAUUACACUCCAAAAAGAGUCACAAAGUUCAACGUCGAUCCUGGCCGCUUGCAAAGAAGUUCUAUUCCCAUAGGAACCAUGGGCAAGUACAUCAAGGGUUGCCACAGCGGCUACGACUAAGCUGGACCUAAACUUCACUCAUUAUCAUUAUGUGUUGUAGAAAAUGUAAAGAUCUAUGUAUUAAGCCAUUUGUAGUCAACCCAUUUAUUAUUUAAGAGCACCAAUUACAGUGUGUUGUGUUUAGCUUGAAAUGAUUGCACUAACUAAUUAGAAAAUGUUUUUAACACGCUUAGCCUAAAUCUCGUGUUUUUCCCGUCCUUUCAUUGCGCUACUGUGUUAGUCAAUGCCAUCUUUUUUAAGCUAAUGUUUUUAGUUGUCUUGAGAUUUUUGUGUAUAGGCUACUAUAGUAUUUGUUUGGUAUUGUAGAUGUAGACAUUCAAAAGCCAUGACAUUUAUCUCGAUAAGCCAUGAUCGAAAAACGCGUAUAACGUUCGAUGUAUUGCAGUGUUUGAUUUUCUUGUCAUUUUCUUGUUUUUUGUUGUGUUAGCCAAUGAGUCGUCUUAAUUUGGGUUGUGUGUUGCCGUUUUUUUUUCUGUUUUGUAUGUGUUUCAAAUCAUCCCAGUUUCAAUGAAUUAUCAACUUUGUACCGCAGCGUUGGGGACGUAUUAUUACUGUUGUAUGAUUGAUUAAAUGAACUGGAAAUGCGAGGUC